AUGGUUCAAGGCACAUCGACAUGGGACUCACUAGACAUGUCCCUAUAUUGGGGCACACCGGAGGAGAAGGCACAAUUCUGUGCGUCACUGCUCGAGACGCUCAAGACGAAAGGAGUUGCAAAGGUGAAGAACCACGGCAUCCCUGACGAGCAAAUCCGUGAAUUGUUUGACGUGACACGCAAGUUCUUCGAACUACCCUACGACGAGAAGAUGGUAGCCAAACAUCCACCAACAUCAAACCCAAAUAGAGGUUACAGCUUCAUCGGCCAAGAGAACGUCGCCGCCAUCAGCAAGUACGGCAAGGCCGAAGUCAAAACACACGACAUCAAAGAAACCUUCGACAUGGGCGCUUCCACCGACCUCCUCGAAGCCAACCGAUGGCCCACACCCUCCACCCUCCCCGCCUUCCGCCCCUUCAUGGAAACCUUCUACACCUCCGCCUUCGCCCUCGAAAACCACCUCCUCUCCGCCCUCGCCCUCGCCCUCGACAUCUCCCCCUCAGACCUCCACACCAUGCACUCGGCCGCCGAAAACGAGUUCCGCAUCCUGCACUACCCGACCGUCCCCGCCUCCACGCUCGCCGACCCAACCGCAACCCGCAUCGCCGAGCACACCGACUUCGGCACCCUGACCCUCCUCUUCCAAGACUCCACCGGCGGCCUGCAAGUCGAGGACCAGCAGCACCCAGGCAACUUCCACGAUGUCCCGCCCUCCGUGUCCUCCGACCUCAUCAUCAACAUCGGCGACUCGCUCCAGCGCCUCACGAACGACACCUUCCGCGCCGCGUGCCACCGCGUGACGUUCCCCGCCGCGGUCGUCGACGACAACGGCGUCGAGGUGAUUCCCGGGCGGUACUCGGCGGCUUACUUUGCGAAGCCAAACCGCGCGGCGUCGUUGCGGCCGAUUGGGCGGUUUGUGAGCGAGGAGAGGCCGUGCAGGUAUGGCGACGAGACGGCGUGGGAGUGGAAUAUGAAGAGGAUUAAGGCGCUGUUUCCGGCGGAGGCUCCUGCUGCUGCUGCGGUGACGGCGACGGUGGCGCCGACGGCGGUUAAGGUGUAGAUGAUAGUAUAGUUUUUCUUUCGCGAAUAUAAAGUUUCAAUUGGCUUUCUCCCUCUAAGUUGUCUACUUUCCUCUUUUGCGCCCGACGUUGUACUGACUUUGCGUGUAAACUAUGUGGAACGAGAUAUAGAUAGGUUCAGUACAUCCCCCGUCCGCCAAACGCCCUAA